AUUGACGAAAGACGCAUACUUUCCGAUGUUUACUACACUUUUUAAAAACACGAUGAUUUCUUGUAGGGCUUUGUUUUUUCUUUCAAGUAUUUUGGUCAUCCUUAAUUCAAGAGUAGUCAGUCAGGAUGUUAAUCAAAUUAUCCUUGAAGAUGGACAGUUUAAGAAUAUACUUGUAGCGAUCCACGAAGGAGUUGAAGAAGACCCUACCAUUAUCGAUAAUAUCAAGAAUAUGUUUAAAAGUGGCUCGCCUGUUCUCUUCAGUGCAACCGAGUUCAGAGUUUUUUGGAAGGAAAUACUCAUCCUAGUCCCACGGUCUUGGACCAGAGAACAGUCUUACGAGAUAGCCCAGUCCCAGUCUUACAAUAGGGCCAAUGUUCGGAUCCACUUUGGUGACGAGUCUACUGAUCCCAAGGUUGUGAACCACUUGAGUUGCGGAAAGGAAGGGCAUAAUCUGGCAAUGACAACGGGAUAUGUACAGAGUACCAGUAAACAUGGCACAUGCCACAAAAUGGAUAUAGUCCGUAAUUGGGCCAGACUGAGAUGGAGUUUGAUGCCUGAGCACUAUACUGGUGAUGAUUCGUCUGAGCCAACUUACUUUCAUAAUGGUACAUGCGAAGGGACAAGAUGCUCUCGAGAGAUCUCUGGAUCCUAA